GACAGCAGGCAGCGCCCUCUGGGCUGUCUUCACACAGGAAAUCUGAGAGGCAGAACAUCUUAUAGCCUGGCCUGCCACCAUUGGUCAUGCGGUGGGCCCGAAAUAAACUCCCUGCUCCAGAGGAGAGCGGCUCAGAACGGCCUGGCAGGGCCACCGGGCGCUCAGGGCCAGGGCGGAAGGAGGACUCAGGGAGCACGUUCUGAGUUGAGACACUCGCCAGCAAACCCUUUCCAUGACCCCCGCCGGGCCGCCGGGCCGCAGAGCCUAACAGGCCGCUCGGGUUGGCGGCUCCGCGCUCCGCCCCCCCGGGCAUCUCUGAGGCCGGGAGAAGAUGGCCACCGAGAUCAGCGCCCAGGGCGGGCCGCGUGUCAUCGGGCACGAGGAGUACAGUCUCUACGGCAGCCUGAGUGAGGAGGAGCUGAUCCAGAUGGCCAUCGAGCAGAGCCUGGCGGACAAGACCCGGGGCCCGGCCCCCGCGGAGACCGACGUGGCCGCCCGCCCUAACCGCCCGCCUGCCCAUUUCUCCCCGUGGACCAGGUCCCCCGCGCCGCCCGACCGCCAGAGCCCCCCGGCCGCAGCCCCGCUGGGCUUGUUCCAAGGGGUCCUGCAGAAGUAUAAGAACAGCAAGACCUCCCAGCUGGCGCCCGUGGACCCCGUGCUGAAGGCCAUCAGGGAGGGCGACGAGGAGGCCCUGAAGGCCAUGAUCAGGGCGGGCAGGAACCUGGCCGAGCCCAACCCCGACGGCUGGCUGCCCCUGCACGAGGCGGCCUACUACGGCCAGGCCGCCUGCCUGCUGGCCCUGCAGAGGGCUUACCCGGCGGCCCUGGACCAGCGGACCCUGCAGGAGGAAACGGCCCUUUACCUGGCCACGUGCAGGGGCCACCUGGACUGUCUCCUGUGCUUGCUCCAGGCGGGGGCCGAGCCGGACAUCUCCAACAAGAGCCGGGAGACGCCCCUUUAUAAAGCCUGCGAGUGCAAGAACGCGGAGGCGGUCAGGCUCCUGGUCCAGUACAACGCGGACACCAACCACCGCUGCAACCGCGGCUGGACGGCGCUGCACGAGUCCGUGUCCCGCAACGACCUGGAGGUGAUGGACAUCCUGGUGGGCGGCGGCGCCAAGGUGGAGGCCAAGAACGCCUACGGCAUCACCCCGCUGUUCGUGGCCGCGCAGAGCGGGCAGCUGGAGGCGCUGCGGUUCCUGGCCAAGCACGGGGCUGACAUCAACACGCAGGCCAGCGACAGCGCCUCGGCCCUCUACGAGGCCUGCAAGAACGAGCACGAGGAGGUGGUCUCCUUCCUGCUGUCCCAGGGCGCCGACGCCAACAAGGCCAACAAGGACGGCAUGCUCCCGCUGCACGUGGCCGCCAAGAAGGGCAGUGACAGGAUCGUGCAGAUGCUGCUGCCCGUGACCAGCCGCACGCGCGUGCGCCGCAGCGGCAUCAGCCCGCUGCACCUGGCGGCCGAGCGCAACCACGACGCCGUGCUGGAGGCGCUGCUGGGCGCGCGCUACGACGCCAACGCGCCGCUGAGCCCCGAGCGCGCGCGCCUCUACGAGGACCGCCGCAGCUCCGCGCUCUACUUCGCCGUCAUCAACAACAACGUGCACGCCGCCGAGCUGCUGCUGCGCGCCGGCGCCGACCCCAACCGCGACGUCAUCAGCCCCCUGCUCGUGGCCGUGCGCCGCGGCUGCCUGCGCACCGUGCGCCUGCUGCUGGCCCACGGCGCCGACAUCGACGCGCGCAUCGCCACGCACCCCACCGCCUUCCCCGCCACCAUCAUGUUCGCCACCAAGUGCCUGUCGCUGCUCAAGUUCCUCAUGGACCAGGGCUGCGACGGCGAGCCCUGCUUCUCCUGCCUCUACGGCACCGGCCCGCACCCGCCCGCCCCGCAGCGCGCCAACAGGUUCAACGACGCGCCCCCGGCCGACGCCAAGGCGCCCGGCGCGGUGCAGUUCUGCGAGAUCCUGUCGGCGCCCGAGGUGAGCCGCUGGGCGGGGCCCAUCAUCGACGUCCUGCUGGACUACGUGGGCAACGUGCGGCUCUGCGCGCGGCUCAAGGAGCACAUCGACAGCUACGAGGACUGGGCCGGCAUCAGGGAGAAGGCAGAACCUCCGAGGCCCCUGGCUCACCUCUGCCGGCUGCAAGUGCGCAAGGCCGUGGGCCGGUGCCGGCUGGGGCUGGUGGACACGCUGCCGCUGCCCCCCCGGCUCAUCCGCUACCUCAAGUACGAGGACCGGCAGUGACCACGGCCCGUCGCCCGGCCCAGGACUCAGGACGGCAGGGACAGGCCAGGCUGCGGCCGAGGGCCCUUCCCCAGCCGCAUGGGACGUGCCGCGUGGGAGGAGAGCCCCGCCCGUGUGUGACUCCUGGAGGCCCCCGAGGUGGCCUGUGUCCUGGCCGGGGGACCCAGAGGACAGCGUCUCCGCCCCCACCUCCGCCUGGGGCCGGUGGGGCGAGGGGAGCCCCUGUCCCGAGCGCUUCCCGGAGCACAAUAAAUGUGGCAUGGUGACCCCUGCCGGCAGGUCCCUGUCACCCGUGUCCAGCA